AUGUGGUCGGUGGUUCAGCUAGGUGGAGGCGAGAGCGAAAGAACUCCUAGAGCGCGCAAUACCGUUCCAACCAGCAGAAGCAAACAUGCGAUGUGCGUCGGACAGGACGGAUUUUUCUACAUGCUUGGCGGGAAAAGCGCGAAUCUACCAAUGAAGGAUCUAUGGCGUUUCGACCCAGUCAAGAAUCAAUGGGCCGAAGUUCAGACGAGAGGAGGGACAGCUCCGCCGUCGCUGCAAGAGCACACAGUCGUUUCAUGGAAGAGCAAACUCUACGUCUUCGGGGGGGAGAUAGGCUUCGCGUCUACUGGGGAAACACCUUUGUGGCUCUUCGAUAUUCAAACACACAAUGGCCGCUUUUCAGUGACUGGUGUGUGGAGGAAACACAGCGCUCAAGGACCGCAGCCGUCAGGUCGGCGAGGUCACUCCAGUGUAGUGUACAAUGGAGCAAUGCAUCUUUACGGCGGAUAUCAGGAUCUCAAGGGGUCGUCUUCCGAACUCUGGAGCUUCCAUUUUGAUACGGAGACUUGGCAGUUAGUUUCUUCGAAAGUCAAAGGAUCCUGCGGCGAAGUACCUCCAGCGCGUCAUAACCACUCUGCUGUUGUGCACGAUGGUGCCAUGUGGGUCUAUGGCGGGAUGACUGAUCUGAGAGAACGGAAUGAUUUUUGGCGAUAUGACUUCGUGAAUCAACAUUGGAAUAAGAUCAAGAUGCCGAAAGGAACUGGCCCCCGCGAGCUGCACAGUCAUGCCGCAGUGUUUGCGAAUCAAUGCAUGUGGAUUUUUGGUGGAGAAAAGUCUGGGAAACCUAGCAAUGACCUGUGGAGAUAUCACUUCGCAUCGGACGCUUGGGAUAAAAUCCAAGCGGAAGGAGUCCUGCCGAAUCCCCGGUGUCGUCAUGUGGCUCUAGCCAAUCCUGAACUUCACAAAUGGGCAGAUAAAGUCAUCGAUGAUAUGGUUGGUUCGAAAGUUGCACGUCUCCCACCGAAAUCUCAAUCGAUGAUGACAUUCGGCGAUCGUAGUAGAGCCAGUUUCAAGAUCCACCCGAUGAACAGACUGAGUUUGAUGGGAUGCUCCACUUUGCGCAACGCCCAAUCUGAUGAAGACGACGAUUCCAUCGAUGCCGUGAAGGCCUAUCUGGCAGCCUAUAAUGCGUCGAACAAUAAAUCGCUGAGGGACAGACUGUCGAAGUCUAGACUUGUGCGGAGCAUUUCCUCCGGGAACUACAACAUCACGAGCUCGGGCCGCCAGAAAGAAGAACUCGAACGCCUGCUCGAGGAAUCCCGUCAUAACACACCUCAGGUCCAGCAGAAAUAUAGGAAUGAGAGCAUGCAGAAAAGCUCAAGCUCGGAGGCGGUGCUAGAAUCCGACGGCGAAACGAGCACCCCCGUCCACAUGAGGCGAGACCACAGCUGUAGAGAAAAUGAUUUCAUCAACACCGUCACCGCGCGUCAGCACAGAACACGGCCACUGAGUGAAAUCAUAGCCGCCUCGCACCAAAUGGAAGUCUUACACCAACGCGAACAGGCUCGACCUCUGCGACUUUCUCCACCCCCCGCAAACUCGCGUCCCUCACGUCGGAUGCACGCCUCAAAGAGUAUGAACUUCCCGCACACAGGAGAAUCGAACAGUAUACUGCAUAAAGCAGGCUUUUGCUCUUCUUCGUGUCACUGCUCGUCACGAAUCGUAGACAACCCGAUGGGGGGCGAUAGCGGUCGGUGUGAUCGCUCAGAGGGCUCCGAAGGCUCGGAGCUAGACCUCAUCGGCUUCUCGAACACAGCCCAAACAACGCAAUAUGGGCCCCUUACGCACAUCUCAGAUCUCGAAUCUUCGGACACUGAUGGCGAAUCUGGCGUUGUAAUUAGUCGCCGUAAAGAAGAUUUGCUCGUUGAGUUGCGAAAGAACACAGCUCCUCUAUCGAGAAGCACGGCCAACGAAUUGGAGAGGAUUAGAUCGAGUCGAUUUACGUCGUUUUCCACUUUGUCCGAACUCACGAACAUGGUAUCUCAAGGUCGAUCAGGAAUGCCUCACAGUGUCUCUCAUUGCUCAGGAUAUUAUUCAUUCAUUGAAGACGACCCUGAUGUAGUUGCAUUCUUGCGUAAUGGUCACAUGAGUAGGCCCGAACAUGGAGGUGAGCAUGAGCUUGUAGAGUUGAGCACUUUCUCUGACGCAGCAGCUCCCCAACCAGGAAUUGCUGUCGUUUUGAAAGAGAGAGCAACAGCUUCUGUGCGAACGGCUGAACCGACUCAAGAAAACUCGUCGACCAUCGCGACAACAAGGCUCGGAGGAAUACCGUCGAGAGCGAUACAGGUCAUCAAAGAAGAAUCCGUCCAGGGAUCGCCCAUCCGAAUCUCUUCUGAAUCAUGGAGUCUCCAUAACGAAGGGGAGGAAGACGAGGAUGACGAUGAAGACAAUGAACGCGAUGACAAGAGCGACACCACCACAGAAACUGAUAGUCAAACGACUCCAAGUCCGAACUCCCACAGCUUUCCUUCCAACUCAAACCGCCCGCAUAGCCCCUCCUAUCACGGGCGGGGACGUUAUUCGCCCGCAUCGAGCAACAAGUUUCAAGUUCAUGACUGGCAACUCUGCCUGUACGUGUUCGGCGGGCAGGAGGCGUCUACGCCCGGAAUGUAUAGAUCGCCCAUGACCGUAUGGCAACUCUUCGUAUAGGACAGCAGAUCAGAAACAGCAGCAGCGACAGCUAGGGAAAGAGGGAAUCCUCAUGACCAUCUGCUGGGGCAAGGAUCGCUUGGUGUCCCGAUAUCAUCGCCAUCUACUCGAGUAGUC